AAGUUUUAAAUAUUUAUAUUGAGAAACUUUGGAGAAAAAGGGGCUAGGGUGUGCAGGGAAUUGGAUUAACUGCAUAUUCAUUAUUAGGGGAAGAAAAGGCAAAGAAAGAAGGAAGGAAGGAGAUCUAUAAUUUUGAUACGUUAUUGAUAUUAAUAUGGGGACGCCAAGAUCAGAUAUGUCUAUUAAGGAUAGAGAAUUAGAGAUUCUGAUACCGGUGCCCAAUAUAAAUGUUAAAGAUCACUCUAAAUCUUCUUCUCCUUCUGAUUCCCCUAAUACUCCCUCUUCUUCUCCUUGUAGGUCUCAUCAUUCCUCUGGCAAAGAGGCGUUUAGCAAAGUUAUUCGUAGCUGGACUUCGAAAAAAUUCAUCACCGGAUGUGUCAUCUUAUUUCCCAUAGCCAUAACCUUCUACAUCACCUGGUGGUUUAUUCAUUUUGUGGAUGACUUCUUUUCUCCAAUCUAUAAUCAUCUUGGAAUCAAUGUAUUUGGUCUUGGAUUUAUUACCUCCAUGACUUUCAUCUUCUUUGUUGGAGUGUUCAUGUCCUCGUGGCUAGGUGCAUCUCUUCUUAGUUUAGGAGAGUGGUUCAUAAAAAAAAUGCCCCUCAUGAGCUACAUCUACUCUGCCUCCAAGCAAAUUAGCUCAGCAAUUUCACCAGAUAAGACUUCACAAGCCUUCAAAGAAGUGGCUAUAAUAAGGCAUCCGCGGCUUGGUGAGUAUGCAUUUGGCUUCAUCACUUCAACGGUCAUACUUAACACGAAUACAGGUGCAGAAGAACUCUGUUGUGUUUAUGUGCCGACUAAUCACCUCUACCUUGGAGAUAUAUUCUUUGUGAAUUCUAAGGACGUUAUGAGGCCCAAUCUCUCUGUUCGAGAAGGGAUAGAAAUUGUUAUCUCCGGGGGGAUGGCUGUACCAAAGGUGCUGAACAUACAGGAAGUGCAAUCCAUUUUAUCUCCAAGAGUUGGAAAAUUUGUAGUUCCACAAGUCUGAUGACUCGACAUUUGAACCUCCAUUCCCAAGAGACCAUGGAAAAGAUGUCUGGACGUGUAAAUUGGACAUACAAAGCGUAGAAAUGAGAUUAAUAAUUAGUGGAUAAGAGGCUCUUGCAAGAAUAUAUCCCCAUCUUUCUCCUCUGAUUUUUGUGAUCUUUUGGUAUAUUAAUAUGAUUUUUGUAAAUCAACACUAAACAAACAAGAUUUUGUCAAAUGAGCUCUAGUUAGAAAUU